UUGCGAUCGAAAGGAAUGCCUGAUGAAUGGGCCGCAGACAUCCUUAUGUUAAAUCCUGCCGUUGUCGAGGAAGUGGCUUUUAAAGUAUUCAAGUACCCUCUUCAAAAGAAAAAGAUUCGCAAACCCCGUAAUCCAACACUAGGUGGAAUUGGAGUAAUGAUGGCAUUACAUCUGUGUACCAAAGUAUCCAUCACCGGUUUGACACAUAGCCCCGCAACUCGAGAAAAUAGAGCAGGAAAACCCGCUAAAUUCAACCUUGAGGAAACAAUGCUUGAAACAUUUAUAAAACAUGGUAUAGUGAGCAAUGUGAUCGAUGGGAUGUAGGAAUAGCUUGUAUCAGAGUAUCAAAUUUUUAAUUCGAACGUGGAAGCACCAAAGUAGGCUAUUAAAACAACAAUG